CUCCUGUUAAAGUAUAUAUUGAAUAAAUUUCGUAUAAAUUAAUCACAAACUGCAACAUAUACAAGAGUUAUGUACAGAAUUAAAUAAAAUUAUUAUUUGUGAAAGAAAUAAGCUCAAAGUGGAAAAAGUUUACGAAGAAAUAAAGUAGUUUCGUCACAGAUACUGUAAACAUCCAUAAGAUGAAUGAAAGUGAAGACUCGUUUAAGAUAAAUUUAACUUCCAAUUAUACAAAUGUUAUUCAUUUUAAUGAAGAUUUCAAAAAAGCUCAAGAUAUCUUAAUAAUUAUAUUAAUUAUAUUAAUUAUGAUUGCAAUGGGAGCAGAUAUUUGUUUUAAGCAGAUUUGGAUGCAUAUUCGAAUACCAUUUGGUCCCCUGAUAGGUUUAUUUUGUCAGUUUGUAAUGAUGCCUUUAGUAGGUUUUAUUUAUAAUAAAAUAUUUAAGUUUCAAUCAGGAAUAGCAACGGGAUUACUUAUUAUAUCGUGUUGUCCCGGUGGUGCAGUCUCUAAUGCAUUUACUUACUUUUUAAAUGGUGACGUUUCUUUAAGUGUUACUAUGACUACAAUAUCUACCAUUCUAGCAUUGGGUAUGAUGCCUCUUAAUAUGUGGAUAUACGCAAUUAGAACAGAAGCAAAUACGAUAAUAAUACCCUAUAAAAACAUAGGUUUGUCUUUGAUUAUAAUUACUUCUCCUAUAUUAUUAGGUAUGGUUAUAAAAUGGAAAAUUCCAAAGAUAUCUGCAUACGUCACGAAGGGAGGAAGUGCGUUAGGUUUUACGAUUCUUACUACGAUACUAAUAUUAGAGUUUAUCGCUUAUCACGAAUCGUUUAAUCAAGUAUCCUGGAAGCUUAUCGUAACUUCUAUAUGUAUGCCUAUAACUGGAAUGAUAUUGGGAUAUUUAGUUGCAUUUAUAUGUAAAAGACCACAGAAUAUAUGUAUAACAAUAGCAAUUGAGAGUGGGAUUCAAAAUGCAGCCGUAGCAUUUAGUGUUAUCGUUUUAUCCUUCGAUAUCAGAAAGCAUAUUUCAAUUCUUUUAAUUCCCUGGUUUUAUGGGACAGCGCAAGUUCUUAUAUGCGGUUUUCUUAGUAUAAUUUGCUAUAUUUAUAAGAAAUGCCUGAACAAACAGCAACCUGAAGAAUAUGUAAAAAGUAUUGAAAACAAAGACAUUCAGGUGAAGCAAACAGACGAAACGACAAGAUUUUAAUUGUUUCAUUUUAAUUAUUGGCUCACAUAUUUUAAAAUAGUUUUAAUUUUUGAAAGGCCAAGCGGUGUAGGGCACUAAUGGAUUCUGGUUCAAAUUCAGAUGGUUCAGAAAUGAGCCAGAUGUAUCGUGUUACUAUUUUACUAGUUUAGUAUUCGGCUACCUCCAUUGUAAGUUUGGCCAAAACUUUCAUUCCUUUUAGUAUCCUCAUGGCGAAGGGCUAAAGUUAAGAUUAAAUAUAUAUAUUUUUAACUUUAUUAAUUUAUAAUGUGUUUUAUUCGGUGGUAGACAAUGAAUAUUAUUAAAUAUUCUGUGGGAAAAGCAUAUUUUUUUUUAGUAUUAUAUAUGACUAUCUUUCAUAUAAGAAGCUCUAAGAAAUCCAAGUUUCAAUGCGGGUCGGUGUCUGAAAAUUCCUUUUAGAUUUCAGAAAUAAUAAAACAUAAAUUUCUGUAGAUAACUGUGUAUCAUUAGUCAUAUUUUGUUCAUUUUACUUAAAAACAAUAAAAUUAUCCAUUGUUUUCUGCUGCUAUUCUGGACUUAAUACUGUUUUAUUACAGUUUUUAUUAUGCACUAGCUGUUACAUGCGGCUUCGCUCGCGCGGAUUUUGCAAGCAAACCCUCUUUACAUUCAAUAUUUCAA